AAGUGUACUUUCGUUAUGCUGCACGCAGAAAUCACGAGCCCGGAAAUUGAGUCUAACUAUGUUCUGGAACCGGUAUUUACGUCGCGCAUAACAGUAGUUCGAGACUUUCUACAGUCUUGUAGCGUCAACAGCAUCAUAGACAUUAACUUAACCAGAAAGAUGACUCAGAAAGGUGGAGCUCCCUUCCUCCAUUCUCUCUUCAUAUUCCUCUCCAUGCUGUCAUCACUGUGUGACUGUCACCCUCACCCUGCUCAGUCCAAUAGCUCAAUGGCUACAGUCAGGGCUGUGUCUAAUCAUACCACAAAGAAAGCCUCGGACAUAGCAGCAGAGGUAGCAGGCUAUGCCGAUGUGGCCAAACAGAUUAUUGACCUGGCUGUGUUUGGAGCUGCCCAGAACCGCUCUUACAGACGGCUGGCCGACUUCACCGACACCAUAGGGAACCGUGUCAGUGGCUCACAAAACCUUGAGAUGGCCAUCAAAUACAUGUACAAGGCUAUAACACAGGACGGGUUGGAUGUACAUCUUGAGCCAGUCAAAAUCCCACACUGGGUGAGAGGGAAAGAGAGUGCAGAAAUGAUUGUGCCCAGGCCUAAAAGUCUGGCUAUACUUGGUCUGGGUAGCAGUGUAGGGACACCACCUGAAGGCAUUGAAGCAGAGGUGUUGGUGGUUAAGUCUUUUGAGGAACUGAAUCGUAGAGCCAGUGAGGCUGUAGGGAGGAUUGUGGUCUUUAACCAGCCAUUUGUCAGCUAUGGAGAAACGGUUGCUUACCGUGCUUUCGGUGCUUCUGAGGCAGCCAAAGUUGGAGCUGUGGCCACACUCAUUCGUUCUAUUACACCAUUCUCUAUUAACAGUCCUCACACGGGUUGGCAGGACUACAAAGAUGGAGUGAAGCGCAUCCCCACAGCCUGUAUAACCAUGGAGGAUGCUGAGCUUAUGUGGCGAAUGGCACAGAGGGGGCAGAAGAUAGUGGUCAGACUCACAAUGGGAGCCGAGACUCUGCCAGAUGCCGACUCCUUCAACACAGUGGUUGAGAUAAAAGGCUGGCAACACCCUGAGCAGGUUGUCUUAUUGAGCGGGCAUCUGGACAGUUGGGAUGUGGGCCAAGGCGCCAUGGAUGACGGAGGUGGCGCCAUGAUUUCCUGGGAGGCCCUGUCACUCAUCAAGGACUUAGGUUUGCGUCCAAGGAGGACCCUACGAACAGUGCUGUGGACAGCUGAAGAGCAGGGCGGAGUCGGAGCUCAGCAGUACUAUAAUCUACACAAGGUGAACAUGUCCAACUUUGACCUUGUCAUGGAAUCUGACUUGGGCACGUUUGCCCCGAUGGCUCUGCAGUUUACUGGCAGUGAUGCAGCUCGAAAGGUGAUGGAAGAAGUGGUCAAACUGUUGGCCCCCAUUAAUAUGACCAAACUGGAGACGCACGGAGAAGGGACAGACAUCUCACCGUGGAUGCAAUCAGGAGUACCAGGUGCUAGCCUCCACGUGGCAGACAGUCGAUACUUUUGGUUCCACCACACUGAAGGUGACACCAUGAUGGUUCAGGACCCUCAGGACAUGAACCUCUGCUCAGCACUGUGGGCCGUGGUUGCAUAUGUGGUGGCAGACCUAGAGGACAUGCUGCCCAGGUAGCCAGUUAGCACACAGGAUGCUGAAGAUGGCAUGAUCACUGUGAAUCACAGCUGUACUGGUUAAUUCAAAAACAAGUAUUCCAAUCCAACAUUUUUAUUUAUUUUUUUUUUUCAGGAAAACAUUAGGUUGAACAGUCUGAGGAAAGAAUGUUUUGUUUACAGGUUGUCCAAAUGGUACAUUAAAACAUUAGCUGUAAGGGAAAUCAUUUCUGUCUUUAAGUCUUUCAUUUUUUUUUUUUGUUUUUUUUUUUGUUUACUGUGGGUCUGUGUGAGUGUCCAAUAUAAAAGUCAUCUUCAUCAUCUUGGCUUGUAGUCAAACAAAUCAAACAAGCAACAGUAAAUAAGCUCUGAGAAAGUAUUGUUAAUCUGUCCAAAUUCAAAACUUUUUCUGUCACUUUCCGGUGUUUUGUCUCUUAACGAGUCAUAUUUGUGUGUGUUUUAUGAUCUGUAAGAUUUGACACCACAAGUCGUCAUUGCAGUGUUAUAAAAUAGUAUUAAUCAUUGCCUUACACUCUGUUGUACACUUUGUUCUUCUGCUUUAAUACUUUUGAAUUUGCUGAUCACGUAGUUUCUCUGACAGAAGAAAGAGGAAGAUGAGUAAAGAUAACGAUUAGGUCAUAGAAGGGAGACAGAGAGGAAGGAGGAAUGGAGAAGUAGGAGGUGGCAUGAUGGGUGACGAGUCCAAUAAAGGAAAAAGAUUAUACAGA